UCCUCUCCGUCAAUGCCACCCACAUUUAAAUUCCAAUCAUAAUUAUACCCGUAAUAAUACUAGUAACAAAUUUUCCUUUUUUUUUUUGUUUUUAAUAGUAAUUAUAGCAUCGUACAUUUCUCCACGCGCGGUUGAACGAACGAGAAUCCCAAAAUAUUCUCGAACCAGAAAAGGCAAAAAAAAACUUCAAAUUUCAAAAACGAUUCGUUUUUUUUUUUUUUUGUUCGCGUUUCGAAGUCUGGGUCUUCAACAUCAUCAUCUUCUCUGCAACUUCGUGUUUUUAUUUAUUUAUUUUUUUUGUUUUCUCUGUGUCUCUGUCUCAGGUAAUAAAAACUCAACUAACUGCUCGUGAAUUCAUCAGUUAUUUAUUUAUUUAGUUGUUGUUGCUUUUGCUUCAAGUUUUUUCCUUUUCUUUUAUUCGAAGAAAAUGAAAACAUAUGUUGUAAUAAAAGGACUUUUUAAUGACUUGUCAAAUGGUUGAUAGUUUCCAACUGAUAACAGAAUCAAAGAGUUUCUUUGUCUUUUCCUUUAAAAAAAAAAGUUGGGUUUUAAUUUUGGCUUUGGUUUGAAGACAGGAGCUUUAUAUAGCUAUUGCAGGUUCAAAACUUGGUGGGCUUUGGCUUCUCAAUUCUCUCUGGAUGUUGGUGAUGUUUCUUUUUUUCAAGUUGAAGCUGGAUAAUUCUUGAAUGAUAGAUGGAGUUUGUGAUUGGUGGGCAAAAGCGUUUUGCUUUCAUUGAAUUUUGGAGGAGAAUUUAGGGAUUUGAAUUGAGUUUUUAGGGAUUUUUAGCUUGCUAAACUGAAACAGCUGACCUCUUUGACUGGGUUUUGUCCAAGGAUAGAAGGGUUUUCUUUUAUUGAUCUGGGUUUUGAAAACUUUGGGUCUAAGGGUUUUGCUUGAUUGGGCUGAAACUUUUUCUCUUUUUUUAAGAAGUCAGUAAAGCUGUUUCUUUUCAUACAUCCAAGGUUAGAUGUUAUUGUUUAGGGACUGAUCUUGAUUGAAAUUUGUAGACUUGGGAAGUUGAGAGUCAUGAAUUAGGCCUUUUGGCAAGUUAUAGAUUCUGGUUGCUGAUAGCAAUCUUUGGUUGCAUAUGACAGAAGGGUGAUCAAAGGUUUGUUCUUUUGUUUGAUAUUGAUGGUUGGGGUGAGGAUGUUAGUUUGUAACGUCUGAGAGUUCGUUUUAUGAGGAAAUUAUAGGAGUUGGUUGGUAUUUGACUGCUGGGAACUGACUUUAGGGGGUUUGUGAUUACAUAUAAUUGAAUUUUUGGUAUGGAUGAGGCUCAGCAGGGCAGCUCAAGUUCGCUCCCUCCAUUCCUUGCAAAGACAUAUGAGAUGGUGGAUGAUCCUUCAACGGAUCCUGUUGUGUCCUGGAGUGCAAGUAAUAAAAGUUUCAUUGUAUGGAAUCCCCCAGAGUUUGCAAGAGAUUUACUUCCGAGAUUCUUCAAACACAAUAACUUUUCUAGCUUUAUCAGACAGCUUAAUACAUAUGGUUUCAGGAAAAUUGAUCCAGAGCAGUGGGAAUUUGCAAAUGAGGAUUUUAUAAGAGGUCAGCCUCAUCUUUUGAAAAACAUACACAGACGCAAACCAGUUCAUAGUCAUUCCAUGCAGCAUCUCCUAGGUCAAGGAGCUUCUCCAUUAACAGAAUCAGAGAGACAGAGUUUAAGGGAUGAGGUGGAGAGACUUAAGAAUGAAAAAGAGUCGCUUGUUUUCGAGUUGAAGAGGCACGAACAUGACCGGCAAGGCUUUGAGAUACAAAUGCGGGUUUUGAGAGAGCGGUUGCACAAUAUGGAACGGCAACAGCAAAUAAUGGUGUCUUCUUUCGCUCAAUUCUUGCAGAAUCCGGGACUUGCUAUAGAUCAAACACCACAAUUGGAGGCUCAUGACAGAAAGAGAAGGUUGCCUAGAAUUGCUUACUUAUAUGAUGAAGCUGGGAUUGAAGCUAAUCAGACAGGUUGUUCCCUAAUUGCUAGAGAAAAUGCAGAUAGCACAUCAUUGUCCAACACGGAGCCAUUUGAACAAUUAGAGUCGUCCUUGGUGUUUUGGGAGAAUGUGGUCCACAGUUUUGGUCAAACAAACGUUCAACUUAAUACAAGCCUAGAAUUGGAUGAAUUAACAAGUGCAGAAAGCCAAGCGAAAUCUUGCAUGCAGCUUAAUGUUGAUGGUCGGCCUAAAUCCCCUGAGAUUGACAUGAACUCCGAGCCUGUCACCAUCGUUGCUUCUGCGCUGAUUGCAGCAAAGGAGCAAGCUGCGGGUACCACUGCACCUUCAACAACUGGUGUUAAUGAUUUAUUCUGGGAACAAUUUUUGACUGAAAAUCCUGGUUCAACUGAUACUCUGGAAGUUCUGUCAGAAAGAAAAGAUUCAGAUGCCAGAAAGAAUGGAAACAAACCUGGUGAUCAUGGCAGAUUUUGGUGGAAUAUGAACAAUGUAAAUAACCUUGCAGAACAGAUGGGGCAUCUUACUCCUGCAGAGAGAACUUGAUAUUGGUUGAUUAUUUUUUCCAGCUUUUGAUGCCUCAAUAUUUCAGAUGUAAUAGAUUUAGUUAUAAUUGGUUUGAUGUGGAAAUAAGUAGAUAAUUUAUGUUUGAGGUCAUCUCCCUGAGCAUGCCAUGAUCUAAUGUUCACACCUCCCUUGUUCAUUAGUUUUUAGGUGCUAUAUAGUGUGAAUGUCAUAGCUUUUUUUAGACUGCUUCAACAUAGUUGAGUUCAGCUGCACAUAUUCUUGAGAAAUAAUGGCAUUUUUAUGGCAUGCUAAUAUCUUUAUUUUAUGGCAUAUAUAGUAAUUAUUUUGUUGCAUGCAGAAUGGAGUGUAUCGAAUGGCACCGUGGCUUCUUCCGGUAGUAGAAAGGUUUCCAAUUAUUUUUACCCCCAGCUUAAGAUAAGAAAAAAAAUUAUCGUGUUGAAAUUUGAAUUUUAAAUUUAUUAAAUAUUAUUUUUGAUAUGAACCAUAAGAUCAUAUAUUGUUGACAUCGAUAAAUAUGAUUUUUCAUCUGAAUAUCAACCAUAUCAUGUGCUGUAAGUAACUUUGAGCAUUUUCCGGUGUGUUAGGGCAAUUUUAAAGAUGAAGACAAGCAAAGUAUCUAUGGUUGCUGGCUCGGUUCCUGUUUUGCUCAACGUUUGGUCCAACCUGAUUUGUAAUUGAGGACUUGAACACGUCUGGGCUGGUUUGAGAUUUUGGAGUUUGAUGCUUUUAAAAGAAUGCACAUGAAUUAAAUAAAUAUUUCUAAUUUUAAUUUAAU